CAUUGCCGAAGGCUCCCUGCCCUCCCCUCCCGGCGCCCGCGGGGCUCGGCUGCCGCCUGGCCUAGCGGUAGCAGCGGCUGCGCUCCAGCGCGGUCCCUCUUCCCGCCCCGCUUCCCCUUCCCUCCCCUCCCCGCCCCGCGUCGCGCGCUUGCUCGGGGCGGCUCCGGAGCCCGCCGGGAGCUCGGCCGGAGGCUCCUCGCUGGGGCGGGGACCUUUCCUCGCCUAGGGCCGUAUCAUAAUUCUGAAUCAUGUCUGAUAACGGAGAACUGGAAGACAAGCCUCCGGCGCCCCCGGUGCGAAUGAGCAGUACUAUUUUUAGCACUGGAGGCAAAGACCCUUUAUCAGCCAAUCACAGUUUGAAACCUUUGCCUUCUGUUCCAGAGGAAAAAAAGCCCAGGAAUAAAAUCAUCUCUAUAUUUUCAAGCACAGAGAAAGGAAGUAAGAAGAAAGAGAAGGAAAGGCCAGAAAUUUCUCCUCCGUCUGAUUUUGAGCAUACCAUCCAUGUUGGCUUUGAUGCUGUUACUGGAGAAUUCACUGGCAUGCCAGAACAGUGGGCUCGAUUACUACAGACCUCCAAUAUCACCAAACUAGAGCAAAAGAAGAAUCCUCAGGCAGUGCUGGACGUCUUGAAGUUCUAUGACUCUAAUACAGUGAAGCAGAAAUAUCUGAGCUUUACUCCUCCUGAGAAAGAUGGCUUCCCUUCUGGAACACCAGCACUGAACACCAAGGGAUCGGAAACAUCAGCAGUAGUAACAGAGGAAGAUGAUGAUGAUGAAGAGACUCCUCCUCCUGUUAUUGCCCCACGACCAGAUCAUACAAAAUCAAUUUAUACACGAUCUGUAAUUGAUCCUAUUCCUGCACCAGUUGGUGAUUCUAAUGUUGAUGGUGGUGCCAAGACUUCAGACAAACAGAAAAAGAAGGCCAAAAUGACAGAUGAAGAGAUUAUGGAGAAAUUAAGAACUAUUGUAAGCAUAGGUGACCCUAAGAAAAAAUACACAAGAUAUGAAAAAAUUGGGCAAGGGGCUUCUGGCACAGUUUUCACUGCUACUGAUGUGGCACUGGGACAAGAGGUUGCUAUUAAGCAGAUUAAUUUACAGAAACAGCCAAAGAAGGAAUUGAUCAUUAAUGAGAUUCUCGUGAUGAAAGAAUUGAAGAAUCCCAACAUAGUUAAUUUCUUGGACAGCUACCUGGUGGGAGAUGAGUUGUUUGUGGUCAUGGAGUACCUGGCUGGGGGAUCCCUCACUGAUGUUGUCACAGAGACAUGCAUGGAUGAAGCACAGAUAGCUGCUGUGUGCAGAGAGUGUUUACAGGCAUUGGAGUUUUUACAUGCUAAUCAAGUGAUCCACAGAGACAUCAAAAGUGACAAUGUGCUUUUGGGCAUGGAAGGAUCUGUUAAACUCACUGACUUUGGUUUCUGUGCCCAGAUCACCCCUGAGCAGAGUAAGCGGAGUACCAUGGUUGGAACGCCAUACUGGAUGGCACCAGAGGUGGUUACACGGAAAGCUUAUGGCCCCAAAGUAGACAUCUGGUCUCUGGGUAUCAUGGCUAUUGAGAUGGUAGAAGGAGAGCCUCCAUACCUCAAUGAAAAUCCUUUGAGGGCCUUGUACCUGAUAGCAACUAAUGGAACCCCAGAACUUCAGAAUCCAGAGAAGCUGUCCCCAAUAUUUCGGGAUUUCUUAAAUCGAUGUUUGGAGAUGGAUGUGGAGAAAAGGGGUUCAGCCAGAGAAUUGUUACAGCAUCCCUUCCUGAAACUGGCCAAGCCAUUAUCCAGCUUGACACCACUGAUUAUGGCAGCUAAAGAAGCAAUGAAGAGUAACCGUUAACAUCAUUGCCGUGGCCUCAUAUUCUUUUUUCCAUUUUCUAAAAGAAGUCUUUUAAUAUAUGAAAAGUAUUAUUCUUUGGGGGUUUAAAGAAAUGGUCUGCAUAACCUGGAGAAAAAAAAAUAAACUACUACUUCCUGAAGACAACCAAGAAAAAAUUGCAAAACAGAAUGACAACUUUAGGGUCCAAAAGGAAUUGUGGACUGAAUCACUAGCCUUACGUCUUUGUGCAGAAAGCCCGUCAGGGCCAUUUAUCAUGCUUGAGAUUUGCAUUUUAUUUUUCUGAUAUCAUUAUAAUAGAUCCCAUUCAUUGUCCCUUUUGGGCUGUUUUCAAUACUUGAAUGGCAGAUUUGAGUUUUUCAGAGUAUUUGUUUUAUCUGCUAGUCUUCUUUUCUCUCUUCUUCAUAGCUUUCUUUUUCCUUGACUUUCUCCUUUUGAAUUGCUUUGAGAAGUGUUUCUUAUGCCUAAAUUGGAGGCAAGUGUGAUGGAAAUUAUGUAGCUCCUUAUAUUGGCAAAGGAACUCAGUAUGGUUUAACUUUGUAUAGAAGUUGCAACCAACUAUUGUUACAUGUAAUAUUUCAGUUUAGAAUUUGAGCUGAAGGGAAGAAAAGUAUGUGAUUUUUACCUGUUUUUAGCAAAUGUGAAAGAGUCAAUUUUAGAAAUUUCAUGGUAGUGAGUUGUUUGGCAUUUGUUACAUGUAUAGAGAGAAGACUAAUAAUCUAUAUUUAUAACUAAAUCAUUGAAACAAAAAAAAGAAUCCCAUUCACUAUACAUUCUUAGAGGGUUUUUUUUUCCCCUUCCUGUGUCCUCAGACUUUGCUUUAGGACUUUGAUCCGCUGCUUUCCUCUUCCCUCUUUUUUCCCCCUUCAUUUUGGAAAUAAGUUUCUGUAUAUGUUGUAAGUUUAGCUAGUUUGUUUGUUUUUUAAUUAACCCUCUCUCACCCUCCUCCUCCCUCUCCCUUCCCUGGGCAAAUAAUAUAAUAACCAUUGAAUUUUAAAUUUUAAAACUUCACUAUUUUUUUCCAUUUAAAGGUGAAAAAUAUUUGGAGUUAACAAAGUGAGAGACUUGAACCUUGGUGAGCUCUAAAAUAAUUAGAUAAGAUUAUAUUCAUGGAAGAGAAAUGUUAGUUACUUAGAGAUGCAGCUUCUGACCAGUAAACUGUAGAGAUUUGUGAUAAACAUUGUUCCCAACCCAUUAUCAGCAUUCUACUGUCUGUGAGAACUUAAGUGACAAAGUACUUCUUGGUAAAUUCAUGGGUCAUUUGAGAUGUUGAGUUACUUUUGAUUUUUUUCAAAUAAGUAAAUAAUAUUCAUGUAAAGAACUGGAGAAAGAAGGGAUAGUGACAUGUGCUUGUUAAUAGCAACGCUGUUUUUAUUUUAAAGAUUAGAAAGGUCUGUGGCCUGUAGCACUAAUUGUUAGAGCGCCCAUCACCUCCCUCCCUCUCCUGUCCUCGCCCUCGCUGGCCAUUUCAGUUGUGUGGCUUUUGAAGGCAGCAUUUCCCUUCUGACAUGGCGAGAGCCACGUGAAAGAAAAAUCUGUGGUUUGGUUCUGGCUCUUUAUUCCCACCAUUCACUCAUAAUUGACUUCACACCUACUUGCCAUCCUGCAAUAGUACGAAUUGUGAAUAAAAAUAAUUUUGAUGUUUUGAAGUGCAUUAGGAGAACUGAUAGAGUUUUAUUUCCUAUCAUUCCCACCAUAUUUCUGUUAAGGUAUAGGUAGGUAUAAGGAUAGAAAUGGCUGGUGGUGGUUGUUUUUUUUUUUUCUUUAAUUGGUAAUGUAAUGUUGGAAGGUUACACAAAAACAAGUAAAAUAAUUCAUGGAAUUUGUAUCUAAAGCACUUAAUGGUCUCUGUUUUCAGUUUGAUUGUUGAUUUUAUUUUUCUCUGGAUUAUAUUGGCCUUCUAUAGCUAUUACUAAAUUACAGAAAAAGCUGGUUUAUCUGGUGGAAAGCUACAGUGUCUCUUGAGUUCCAGAUUUGGACAUUCUUUGUAAAUAGUUGUCUGGAUGGAUUAUAAUAAAGAAGAUGCUACCAGUGAAAUAGAAAACCAACUAAAUGACACAAACUGUGACCCUCGUGACCCCUCUGGAAGGCACUUCUAUACAUCAGUCAUAAAGACCAUGUGAAUUGGAUGCAGUGACAGUACCCCGUUUUUUUGCCUGUGACUCAACAAAGAUCUCUUCAGUUUAUAAAAGCAGUUUGGGUUUGUAUUUACAACUUCUCUAAUGGUUACCUGCAUGUCCAUUGCUGGCAACGGACUUUGUCAUUAAAACCUGACUCCUAGGUUAAGGGAGCUACACUGUGGUUUAUUCUUUACUUACUCGGAUAAACUAACUUGUAAUAGAAAUAUACUUUGGUUAAUUCUGAACUGUGUCAUUUUUGAAUAAUCUUAAUCUUAAAAGCAAUACAGAAUUGUGAUUUAUUAAUUUUAAAUUAAAAUGUUCACAUCUUGUUGCAAGAAAAAUUAUAUCUGAAUCAAGAUUCACGGUUUUUUCUUAAUAACUUCCUUUCGUAUUUACCCUUUUUGUCAUUACUUUAGAAUGAAAAUUCUCAUUUAAAUCUAAAAAUUACCUUAGUAGUCUUCAUUUGUUGUUAAGACAAUAUUACUAUAGUAUUUAUUAUAUUUCAGACUCUCUGGCAGUCUAAAAGUUUCCUUUUUCUCCUGUUCCUUUUGCUGCUUUUAGGGACAGUUAAAUCUGGGAAACCCUGAAAAUAUUGAAUAUUUUAUCCUACCUAGAAUAGUAAAAAACAAGUAGAGUGAUUGUGCUGGCAUCAGAAACGAAGGCUAACACAACUCUGUCUUUAUGUGUUGAGUGCCUGGCACGUAACAUAAAUUCUCUUUCCCUCAAUAUAUAAAUACUAAGCUGCUCAAGAUGUAUCUAGUUACCACAGUCCUAAAUGACCCUGUGCCUUUAAUGAGCAAUUUGAAACUACCUAUGAGUAUUUCUUUGUAGGGCUCACAUAAAUGCAUAUUUGUUUAUAUAUACUGUAUUCUAGUUUGGAGUAAUUCUAGAUCUGAUCAGGCAGUAACUCUAAUUAGAACAAAAUGGGUGCUUACAAAUUUUGCAUUAGUUUUUUUAGUUUAAAAAUUUUAAAACAUACUGAGAUUCAUAUCAAGUGAAAUGUCUAAAAUCAUUAUAGAAUAUAGCUGAAGUCCUGGUUAAACUUCUUUGAGGUUUUUUAUAGUGAAAUUCAUAGUAAUAUAAAAAGCAGAUUGUAUUCCGUGUCUCAAUUGCUCCCACAAUAGAGAAACAGUUAAAAUCAGUUUUUCCCCACAGGUGUAUGAGUAUGUGUAAGAAAGGGAAAAAGAAAAUACACACACGGAUUUUAUUUCUCACUAACACAUUGAUUGACCACACUGACAAAGACACCGUGGUAAAUACUGUGAGGAUUACAGAGGAGAACUGAGCACCGGCCUGGCCUUGAGAGAACUGAAGUCUUUCUCACAAUUCUAGAAUGUUGCCAAAUGGAGAGAAAAAAUGUAUGAUAACUUUGUCAAGCAUACUUUCAUUCUGUGUUAAGCAGAAUUAACUUUGAAACUGAACAUCUUUGAUAGGAAUGUCUUGUGGGGGUUUUUUGGGUUUUUUUGUAGCUAGAAAUGGAAUUAAGUGAAAGUAACUUGUUUUCUGUUUUGUCUUCAAAUUUUAUAUUGACUUAUUUUUAAUUUAAUCCCAUUCAAUUAUUUAAUUGUUACAUGGACAUUAACUGCUGUAUUUGAUGACCUUGUUCAAUAAUUUUGUUCUUUCAGGGCUAGAAAUAAACUUUUUAAUGUUCA